AUGUCUUCUCGACCAGAUCUCAAGGUCGAUGAUGAAGUUGGUUUCAUCAAAUUCUACAAAUCCCUCACAGAAUCCGACGACAAUGAAACUCUUCGGAUCUUCGACCGUGGUGACUGGUACUCUGCUCACGGUGCCAAUGCCGAAUUUAUCGCUCGCACCGUGUACAAAACGACCUCUGUCCUCCGCAACCUCGGCCGCAGCGAGACUAGUGGUCUGCCGUCAGUCACGAUGACUGUUACUGUGUUCCGCAAUUUCCUUCGCGAAGCCCUCCUCCAACUCAACAAACGCGUCGAGAUCUGGGUAUCCGGUGGUGUGGGCAAGGGAAACUGGAAGCUAGCUAAGCAAGCCAGUCCCGGUAACCUCCAAGAUGUGGAAGAUGAGCUAGGCAGUGUUGGGGCUCUAUCUAUGGAAUCCGCACCUAUCAUUCUUGCAGUCAAGAUCUCCGCUCGGGCCGGCGAAGCGAGAAAUGUUGGUGUCUGCUUUGCUGACGCAAGUGUGCGUGAGCUCGGUGUAAGCGAGUUCAUGGAUAACGACGUGUACUCUAAUUUCGAGUCCCUGGUUAUCCAGCUCGGUGUGAAGGAAUGUCUGAUCACAAUGGACUCUGCACGCAAGGAUGUGGAGUUGGGCAAGAUCCGCGCUAUUGCUGAUAGCUGCGGGAUUGCGAUUUCCGAGCGCCCGGGUGCGGACUUUGGAGUGCGUGAUAUCGAGCAGGAUUUGACACGGCUGUUGCGGGAUGAGAGGUCCGCGGGAACUCUGCCCCAGACUGAAUUGAAGCUUGCCAUGGGGUCUGCGGCGGCUUUAAUUAAGUAUCUGGGUGUUCUGACCGAUUCGACUAAUUUCGGUCAGUUUCAGCUGUACCAGCAUGAUCUGUCCCAGUAUAUGAAGCUGGAUUCGUCUGCGCUGCGGGCUUUGAACUUGAUGCCUGGUCCUCGGGAUGGUGCUAAGAGUAUGAGUUUGUUUGGUCUGCUUAACCAUUGUAAGACACCGGUCGGGAGUCGUUUGCUGGCGCAGUGGUUGAAACAGCCGCUUAUGGAUCUUGCUGCUAUUGAGCAAAGACAACAGCUUGUUGAGGCAUUCGUUGUUAAUACGGAGCUGAGGCAGACUAUGCAGGAGGAACACUUGCGCGCUAUUCCUGAUCUGUAUCGUCUGGCAAAGCGCUUUCAACGCAAGCAAGCUAACCUGGAGGAUGUUGUUCGAGUCUAUCAAGUGGCUAUCCGUCUGCCGGGCUUUGUACAUGCUCUUGAGGAUGUGAUGGAUGAACAGUACCAGUCCCCCUUGGAGAAGGAAUACACAUCCAAGCUCCGGAGUCAUUCGGACAACCUGGCUAGGUUGGAGGAGAUGGUGGAAACGACGGUUGACUUAGAUGCACUUGAAAACCACGAAUUCAUCAUCAAGCCUGAGUUUGAUGACGGCUUGAGGAUCAUCCGGAAGAAGCUGGACAAGAUACGAUAUGAUAUGGAUAUGGAGCACCGCAACGUCGCCAAAGAUCUGAACCAAGAUAUGGAGAAAAAGCUAUUUUUGGAGAACCACCGAACACACGGCUGGUGUUUCCGUGUUACUCGUGCGGAGGCAGGCUGUAUUCGCAACAAGAAGGGGUACCAAGAAUGCUCUACGCAGAAGAACGGCGUCUACUUCACCACCACGACUAUGCAGUCCCUUCGUCGGGAGCAUGACCAGCUGUCCUCCAACUACAACCGGACACAAACCGGACUUGUCAGUGAAGUGGUCAAUGUCGCCGCAUCAUACUGCCCUGUUCUGGAGCAGCUUGCGGGUGUCUUGGCUCACCUCGAUGUUAUCGUGAGCUUCGCCCAUGCGUCUGUCCACGCUCCUGCUGGUUACGUUCGUCCUAAGAUGCAUGCUCGCGGCACAGGAAACACUGUUCUUAAGGAAGCCCGGCACCCCUGCAUGGAAAUGCAAGAUGAUAUCUCCUUCAUUACCAAUGACGUUUCUUUGAUCCGCGAUGAAUCCUCUUUCCUUGUCAUCACCGGUCCCAACAUGGGCGGAAAGUCAACCUACAUCCGACAGAUCGGUGUGAUCGCACUCAUGGCCCAGACUGGCUGCUUUGUGCCUUGCACUGAGGCCGAGCUGACAAUUUUCGAUUGCAUUCUUGCCCGAGUGGGAGCCAGCGACUCUCAACUUAAGGGCGUUUCCACUUUCAUGGCGGAGAUGCUUGAAACCGCCAACAUCCUCAAAUCAGCUACCUCGGAUUCUCUCAUUAUCAUCGACGAGCUCGGUCGUGGAACCAGUACCUACGACGGCUUCGGUCUGGCCUGGGCUAUUUCGGAGCACAUCAUUACCGAGAUCCGAUGCUUCGGUCUUUUUGCAACCCACUUCCACGAGCUCACCGCGCUGUCGGACCGAUACCCGAAAUCCGUGCAGAAUUUGCACGUCGUGGCUUUUAUUGGAGAUGGCAACGAUGUCGACGCCGACGGUGACGCUGACUCCGAAUCGAAGAAAAAGCGUCAAGUCACUCUGCUUUACCGUGUCGAGCCAGGCAUUUGUGAUCAGUCCUUCGGUAUCCAUGUUGCAGAACUUGUACGAUUCCCCGAUAAGGUAGUCAACAUGGCUCGUCAAAAGGCCGAGGAAUUAGAAGACUUUACUUCUGCAACUGCCGACAAUUCCGAGAAGCAGUCUGCGUCUUCUCUUAACAAAUAUUCCCAGCAGGAGGUAGAGGAGGGCAACACACUCCUGAAGGCUAUGCUGGUGAAGUGGAAGGCGGAGAUUGAAGGCAAAGAUCUGACGUCUGAUCAAAAGCGACAGAUUAUGCGUGAUCUGGUGAACGCAGACAGCAAAUUACAAGGGAACAAUGUGUUCCAGGGUAUCAAGGCUUUAUAA